AUGACUUAUUCUCGGACCACGACGUGCUUCGGGUCCCACUGCGCAACUUCGGCGGCGAACUGUCAUUCCGCCACCCGGGUGCAGCGUCGCCCGCACACUGGCAAGCCGCAAGACUCGGAUUCUCCCGUCCAUCAGCCUGUGAAGAGUGCGGCCGUACCAUCCAACUCAUUCACCCCUGCGCGGCGUUAUGCGCCUAUGGGUAGCCAGAUCACUUUCAGCGCGUACGUGCCGGAUGUCGAUGGUACCGUGAGCUGGCGUACUCAUGUACACGAGCCAGUCUUCAGGAUCAACGAGCGGUGGUCGGAGCCAUCGGUGGCCAUCGUCUGCUACGACCACUUCCUCACAUUCGAUCGCGAGAUUCAGUGCAACGCGAUCACACUGGCUUUUUCAAUGUUGGCUGCCGUCAUUAUCGUUUGUUCCGCGGUUUUAGUGCUGGGGUCCGCGAACGCCGUUCCCUCGAUUUACACAGCGAUCAAGACUAGGACCGUGUACAAUCCAGGACUAAACGACACCAACGCCAUAUGCAACGUGGAUUUCUCGCUAUUUAUAUCCUUCCGCAAUGAUCGUCGUUGGGCGUGUCUGCGGGGUUGUCUGCGACCUUCUGGUUCUUGUUUUGACGUGGAGACAUGCAAGACCGUUCACGGGAAGCGUGAACCAGAGAUUUACCCUCACGACGGCCUUUUGUCAGAAUGGUGUUAUAUACUUCGUGUGAGCCAUACGUCCCUUCCGCCUUUGUCCUCGUCGUUCACACGUCACAUGUGCAGUGCACUCCUCUGUGUCAACGCCCUAAAUCUUGCUUUCGUCAACAGCGUCCAGCUCUUGCUCGUUCUCUCCGGUGCAAUCAGCGCCAUGACGGUGCUCUUGACCUGCCGUUUCAUCCUCGACUUAUUCGAAGCGAGCGCGGGCGCACGCUUCGGCACCGCCCCCACAAUACACCUCUCGACCAUGCCCAGUUUUGGAGCGUCGCGCUCGCUCGCGUUCGGACACGUGGGCGGUCUCGGCACCACCAGACAUUCUCAAGGAAUUUUCGACGCGGAUAUCAGCUGGCGCAGGACAGAAGACGGCGAGAGUGUGUACAGCGGUCCGGACGACUACGGCUUCGAGCUCCAGGUGGACCCGGGACCGUGGAGGGAGGCCUCCGCCUCGAUCGACUCUGGCAAGGACCGCCGCUCGGACGUCGACGGUGACAAGGCGAAGCCAGCGCUGUGCCCGGAGCUCCGCUCGCUCAGGCUCUGCACGGACAUGUGCCGCGUGGCCGCCGCAGUCCCGGCGGACUUCGACUGGUACGCGCUCGGGGACAUGCUCCGCGCGCACGCGGAGCUGGGCAGCCUGCUGCGCGAGCUGGUCGUCCCGCCGGCGUGCAGGAUCGCGGAGAGCCGAUGGGGAAGGAUCGGCUACAGUUUGAGAGUUGGAUGGGGGGCCGUCACCUCGAGGAACCCUACUAGCAUGACCCCAGAGUUGAGAAAUGGGAGCGCCCGCAAGAUCAAACCAUGA